UUCCCCUUCUCGCGAGACCGAAGCCCUGCAGGCGAUUUGCGCCGCCGGGCCGACGCCGCCGUCGCGCGCCGCCCGUGCUCAAGCCGCAUCGCCCCGCCGCCGGUCCGGCCCAGCACCGCGUCGCCCGGCACCGGGGCUUCUCCGACGGCGGCGCGCGCCGCAUCGCCUCGCCGCCCCGCCCGUCCAGCUAGCACCACGUCGCGCGGCAGCCGUCACAGCCUACUGUACCGUACAGCAAGCUCAACAUACUACUGCAAGUCUUGACACUUGUGAGCAUUCUCCUCCGCUCCUUGCGCCGCCGGGACGAGUCGUGGCCGGCGAUCUCCAUCGGGCGAGCAGAGCAGGGGAGAGGAUCAUGGUGGCAUUCUGUUCUCCAAAGAGCAGAAACAUGGUUAAUGCAAUAAAGGGGUUGUUCAUCUCCUGCGAUGUACCGAUGGCACAGUUCAUUGUUAAUCUGAAUGCUUCAAUGCCCGCUUCGGACAAGUUCAUCCUGCACAUGCUUGACCCUACACACAUGUUUGUGCAGCCUCAUGUGGCGGAGAUGAUCAGAGGUAAGAUAUCAGAGUUCAGAGACCAAAACAGCUACGAGAAGCCAACAUGAAAGAUCAUUCUACCCCACAGUAAGAUAUCCUGUGUGUACACCACUGAAAAGAUACCAACGCUUGUCUAUGGUUUAUAAUCGUGUGUGAUGUGAGCUUCAUGUGCCACUCAUCAAUCAUGAUGAUGUUCAAGAAUGAUAAACUUGCAGUAUCAGAAAAUGUUGUGGCUUAUGACUUAAUGUGUUUUCAGUGAUAAUAAUCACCUGUCCAUUUGGUAGCGUUGGAGCAUUGAGAGACAGCAUAUUUCUGAAGAAUCAGUUAACUUUAUGUGUA